AUGAAUUUGUCUAAUUUCUUCUUCCUUAUAUGUUUACUUUACACCAUCAUUAUUUAUCAAUCAUCCCAGGUUACUUUACCAACCCUUUGUGAAGUUUGUAAGUAUAUGACCCUUGAGCUUCAGGAAAAAUUAGCUGAAACAGAAAAAUCCAAAGCUGUACUGGAAACUGGACAAGGCUUAGAUAAGAAAAAGCGAAUCCAGUAUCAGUUUUCAGAAUUACGUUUGACAGAAGCCCUGCAUGAACCACAUGUGUGUGACCGUUUACUCAAAUACAACAUCCAUAAUGAAAAACCUGGGAGCUUGCGAUAUGCAAAAGGCAGAAGUGAAACAAUGCAGACGCUUCACGGAUUGAGAAUGAAAGGUGUUAAAGUUGACCUUGGUAUUCCUGAAGAUCUGUGGGAUACACCCUCUGUGGAAGUGUCUGAUUUACAUAGAAAGUGUAUCCGUCUGGUGGAAGACCACGAAACUGAUAUUGAAGAUUGGUAUUUCAGUCAUCAAGGUAGAAGAUCUUUACAAGAAUAUCUUUGUAAAGACAUUGUACUUUUAUCUCAUGAAGCUGAUUGCCUUUAUGAAAAAGAAUCUAAUUCCAAUAAAAUCAACGAAGAGAAGAAAUAUCUGAAAGGGGAGAUAACUGGUGGCACCAAAAUAGAGUUGUGA